CACCGAAAACCUGUGCCCGCCGCGGCCCGGGGUUAGGCGUUCCCCGCCGUGCCCGCCCCCUGUGGCAAGCCUCCGGGUUCAGAGGAGGGUGGGCGGGAAGCAACAGGGGGGCGCCCGCUCCCCAACGCUGCUCCAGCGGCGCCGUCUCCUUUCGGCCUCUGCUCGCGGCCCUGCAACCGCCCAAGGCUCCUAAACUUCUUGGGGACGAUGUUGCUUCUUCUCUUUGGGGUCACCAGUGUCCAUCGGCUAGGUUCCCCCAGAAGGGGCCCUCCUUUUUAAAAACGAGGCGCAUCUAGGGUGGAGGAUGGACUGAGUCCACUUGGAGAGUGAGGCUUGCCUUAUGUAACAUGAAGACGCAUCUCUGGGGAAGCCAGAACUUUCUUGGGCGGGGGCUAGAAAGACCAUCUCUUCUCCCCAAAACUGUGUUUGGGGGCUCGGGCGGGGGAUGGACUCACUGGGGCGCGCGGACACCUCAGAGAAAAGACUCUCGUGAGGGCAGGGGCCCGCAUCCCCGAAGAUGGGUUUUCUCCCUAGAGUGGUGGAAGAUGUUUGUGUUGGCCGAGGACCUACCGGUCCCUACCCGCUCCACGCGGUCGUGCUGCCCUGCAAGGGAAGUCGGGCGGAGGCGGGACCGCUACCCUGCGGGCGAGCUUCCCUUACGCGGAAGCAUCGCAGGGCUCGCCUCCUCCAGUCUCCGACUGCGCUGGCCGAAGGGUCAGAGGCGCGUUGACUUCGCACGCGAGGGCUCACAUCCCCACUACACUGAGUCCCAUCGAUACUGCUCCGCCCAUUUUAUAGAUGAGGCCCAGAGGCUGCUGGCCCAAAGGAGGCCCCGCCGGUCCUUCCUUGAAUCCUGCAUCCGGACCCUCAUCAUCGUGUGUGCCGCCCUGGCCGUGGUCCUCUCCUCCGUGUCCAUCUGUGAUGGCCACUGGCUCCUGGCUGAGGACCGGCUCUUCGGGCUGUGGCACUUCUGCACAACCUCCAACCAGACUAGGCCACGUUGCCUCAGAGACCUGAGUCAGGCCCACGUGCCCGGGCUGGCCGUGGGCAUGGUCCUGGCCCGCAGUGUGGGCACGUUGGCUGUGGUAACCGCCAUUUUUGGCCUAGAGUUCCUCAUGGUGUCCCAGGUGUGUGAGGACCUCCGCUCACGGCGCAAGUGGGCCUUGGGCUCCUUCCUCCUUCUCGUCUCUUUCAUCCUCUCCUCCGGGGGGCUCCUGAGUUUCAUGAUCCUCCUUCGGAACCAGGUCACACUGAUCGGCUUCACCCUGAUGUUCUGGUGCGAGUUCACUGCCUCCUUCCUCUUCUUCCUGAAUGCCAUCAGUGGCCUUCACAUCAACAGCAUCACUCAUCCCUGGGGCCAGCCGAGGAAAUUUUAGGCCCCCCUCCAAGGACACUGGGUUCUACAAGAAAGUGUGGUCAAGAUGGGACUUUUCCAAUAUGUGACCUCUGGUGGGGUAGGGGUGGGACAGUGACCUUGAAACUGCUGCCUCUUAGCCAAUAACCUUUGGAUGGUUGGCCAGAAAUGGCCCAGAGGCCUUUGCAGCUGGUCUGCAGGGCCAGAAGCCAAGAGGUGCCUCAGUGCCACUAGCUGCACAGGCUUAGCCAAGUUAUUAGGAUGUUGAUUUUAGAAGAAGAAGAAACACAUUUUUAAACUCUCUUCUUGAAUCCUUCUUCCCAGGACGGAAAUAGGUUUGGAAGCAGCUCAGGUGACUGUGCCUGGGCUGGCUGCACAGCCAAGUGCCAUUCACACCUGUUCCGUUGACGCUGCGCUGGGAUGUGGGCUGGAGGGUCCCUGGGGCCUUCGGGAUUGCUAAGAGUGGGUCACUCUUCCAGCUAAGAGUGUCCAGUCGGGGCCUGGGUCUUCCUCGCACCAGCUCCAAGGGCCUUUGUGCACAUUUCCCUGCUCUAGCUUUGGUCAUGCCAGAGAGGCAGAGUUCAGGAUUCCCUCAGAGUUUCUUCUUGCACAUAGUAGGAUUUCAAACUAUUCGACUUGAUUUGACCUCUGCCCUUUGGGGGACCCCAUAACCCCUGGAUAACCCCAGCUUCCAGUAACUGCUGUCCCCUCUGGGGACUCUGCCUGUGGAAAUCCUGCCUUAACUCUUCGAGAAGAGUUCUUGAGCAAGCCCUUCCAAGAGGACUUCUGAUACACUGUCCUCCCUGAGGGGAGCGUGUGUGUCCAUCUUUGAUGGGAAGACUGAGGCCCAGAGAAGGGCGGUGACCAAGAUCACACAUCGAGCAAGCAGCCAGAGCAUCCAGGAGCUGCUCCAUUUCCUGAACUUGCCUAAGGAUAAGAAUCACCCAGAGUGCUUGUUAAAAAAAAUUCUCAGGCUCCAAUCCAGACCUACAGAAUCCAUUUUGGCUGAAUUAGAAACUGGGGGGUAGGGCCCAGCAAAUGUUUCAACACGGCCUCCGGGUGAUUCCGUUGCUCCCAUGAAGUGAGCUCAGACUCCCAGAGGACAAGCCCAGGCGUCCCCUCACACCACACCCCCCUCCCUAUCACCCUUUCCAGGUAGCUCCUUCUGAACUGGAAUCCAGUGGCCUGGGAGCUCCUCCAGAAAUCCGGGCAACCCAGGACACUCACCUCCCCGUUGAGGAAGCAGUAGAGGACGGCCACCGCCAGGCCCUGUGGAGCGAGCAGGGCGUUAGUGCAGUGCUCCGGCCCCCAGUCCUUGAAUCACCAGCCCCACGCUUGCUUCCCCUCAGGAACGUCCCCAGAGCCUUCCCACACCUCUCUCACUCCAGGAGCGACUGGGUCUGCCUCUUCUGGGCCCCUCAAGUGUCCCUGGCUGUGUUGGCAUCAUCCAGCACAGGCAGCUCCUCUGGGGCAAGGAUGGAGUCCCUUUCGUCUGUUGUCCCCAGUGUCUAGCGUGGGCCUCCCUGGCACAUGUGUGGUGUCAGGAACAUUGAAGUAGGCGCUGCUCACGUGGUCCCACGGGGACGAGGCAAUCACCUAAAUUAGUAAUGUGGGCCACUCAGGAGAAGCAGGGAGUGGCGGCACCUGAAGCACGCCCACCCCACCCCACUGGGAGGGGUUGGGACCCAGCUCAUGUGAAAUCCUGGAUCCUGUGUGGGCUCAUUUUUCAAGAUAACCUAGAAAUCUGGAGAUGGUUAAACAUGGACAACUAUUCAAAUUGAAAAACAAAUAUGUAGUCAGAAGAAACCCUGUGCGCAGGUCCUGGCCAGCCAGCGGUGCAGUGUGACCUCCCAGCUUAAUGGACCCAUGAGCGCAUCUCCUCAGUCAGGGGCCUCAGGGCUGCCUACACUUCAUGUUCCCUGGUAUGGUGGGGGUCUGCCUAUCAGGACUCUCCCUCCCUGGUAUCUGGAGCUUCUGUGUUCCUGAUGGUGGCCCCCCCUCCUCCCGGGUCCCGGCAUGGAGCUCUGCCAGGGUAGGAACUCCAGUCUGGUAUGUGGCAUCUGAGUGUAAGCGGCCUGCAUGGAACCAGGAGCUGUGAACAGGGUCUGCAGUGUAUGUGCCCUGCUCACCCACUCAGGGACCCACCUCGGGCAGCCUGCCCUUCCUCUCUGCCCUCAGGCUUUCCUGGAGCACCCUCCCCCUCAGAGGCCUGGGUGCCACAGCUCGGAGGUUGGGUGGCCCAACCCCUCCGUAGUCCCAUCCAGGCCCGCCCUUAGCCACUUACUACAUUGGAAAGAGUGAAGGAUCAGCUUGUCUAUGGUGCUUCAAACGUACGACUGCUCAGGGGUAUUGGCAUUUUAACAGGAGUUAGUGACAAAACUGGAAGGAUUUGCUUUAGAAUUUCCAGCAUCAAUGACUGCUGUCUAGAAUGGGGGCUAUGGGGGGGUGGGCGGAGCAGAAUACUUAAGGCAGCGAUUUCCAAAUUUGCUGCACAUUAGAAUCACCUGGGAGCUUCUGCCCAGGUUGCACUUUGUACCCCAAAUCUGAAUGUCAGGGUGGGAGCAUCAGCAGCUUUGAAAGAUCCCCACAUGUGGAAGACUUUGAAAUGAAACAGAGCUGGAUUUGGAGCACAGCUUGGCCUGCGUAAUUGUGGGAUUCUGAGUUCCAGAUGCUUCACUUAAUCCUUGCCAAAGCUCUGGGAGAGGUGGGAGGAUCCCCCCCCCACCUCCCCCGGUACAGGGGAGGGAACAGAGUCACAGGGGUUUGGGUGGGCCUGAAGCUGUGUGUGUUUGGCUGAGAGCUGGCGGUCAGGCUGCUGGCCGAGGCUGCUGCCCAGCUCCUUGGGCCCAGGGUCGCCUAGGCCUCUCCUGUCUGGGCCUCAAGGAUCCAGGGACACAUUUUCACUGUUCAGGUGAGGAUAGGAGUGCUGUGGACCUAUGCACUGCUUGGCAAGCCACGCUAAGGCAGGCGUCCCACAUGUAAAGUAGAGGAAGAUGGGCAUAGAUGUUAGCUCAGGGCCAGUCUUCCUCAGCAAAAAGAGGAGGAUUGGCAGCAGAUGUUAGCCCAGGGCUAAUCUUCCUCAAAAAAGAAAAAAAAUGAAGCCUUUGAAGAAUUUUAAUGACAUGGAGAAAUGUUCACAUUGGGCAUGAUAGAGAAUUAAACAAACCGUGCAGGAUAGAAAACCACACACAACACAAUCUCAAUUAUGUGUCCAUCUGUGGACAACUAUAGGUGUGUCUUCCUGGAUGGAAAAGAGAAUUAGAAGUAAACACACCAAUGUUUUAACAGAGGUUAUUUCUGGGUUAUGAGAUAAUGGAUGAAUUUUUCUUUUUCUUUUAACUCUUCCUUAUUUUCCAAAUUUUCUACAAUAAGCAAGUAUUAUUUCUACAAGCAGAGUUAAUAAACUUUAGUUUUUAAAAAUAUAUGACAGUGAUAAUAGUAUUGUCAUUCUCUGUAUGUUCUUUAAGCCUUCUGUCAGAAAUACAUACUAAAAUAUUUACAUUUGAAAUAAAAUGUCUUGGAUUUGCUUAAAAUGAUGGGGGAUGGGGUGGAGGAAGUGGAUGGGGAUAGAGAUGAAACAGGACAGACCAGGAGUGGGCAGUGGCCACAUGGGGGUUUGUUAUGCUAUUCUCUGCGUUUUUUGUAUGUGGAAGAAAUUUUCCACAACACAAAAUUUUUAAAAUAUAUAUUAUAUAUAAGUAUAUAGCAUAAAUAUGUAUAAUAUAUAAUAAAAUGAUACAUAUGUUUGUAUGUGAACAAAGAUUCUUUGGGAAAAAAAA